CUGGUUGCUAUCAAUGUUCCUUGUAGUGUUGCAGAGAAGGCUCUGUGUUUAUCGGUGUGCCUUCCGAUUUUAAAUGCAGCAUUUGAUGCAACGUGUAUGUACAGAACCCUCCAUUCGUUCUUAUCAGAACUUAGAACGAAUGAUGUAUAUCUCAGGAUGUUUCGCUUAGCCGGUACCCUUAUACAAAGGGGCGAGAUUGAGUACGGGUCGCCAGUUAAAUCUUCGUUUGUUCCAGAUCAAAGAAUUUCUAUUUGGUCUCUGUUGACAUUGACGUCCGAUCCUGUACGGUUAGGAAGAUUUAUUCGUCAAUGGAAACAUCAGCAGCCGGGAACGUCAAUUCUGAGCUUGGAUAAAGUCAUUGAUUUGAUUGAACAAAUAGAUUUUGAAGCAGCCCUUAAUGACAUCGUAUUGUACAUUCAGAAAGCUUCUGGGAGUCUUUCACACUCGCUGAUGGUUCUCAGAGCAAUCACCAACUCGAUCCUGACUUCAACCAAAAGGAGACCACGCGUUAAGGCGGCCAGGCGUGUUGGAGGCAGCGACCUGGGAUAUGUUGGGACCAGCAACCGGAAACAAGGGUACGUCGGAAACAGCGAUUCGGGGUACUGUUCGGAAGAGCUUGUUUGUUCCCCCGGAACCAAUCGUGGUCAAGGGGCAGGCCGGUUCAGGGGACAGAAGCUUUCGGCGUCCUCUCCCCAAGUGGGGUCGCCGGUAUCCCUCGCUUCCGGACGUAGAACCAAAAUGUCGCACGUUCUACAAGACCCCCGGGAGUUCGACCCCCGGGAGUUCGACCCCCGUGCGGUUGACCCCCGUGCGGUCCCUGCACACGGUGUCCGGUGCAAGAGAACCAAUUUCGAACAGGACGAAGCCAAGCACCACGCGUCGAACGUUCGAGCAAAGGCGCGCCGGACAGACCACCACUUGGCCGCGAGACGACCAGCGCAGGCUACUCAAUGCCUGGAACGCGGCGACGCUUCCGUCCCCGUGAUUCGAACCGGGGUCCACCUGGCGUGGAGACCAACAGAAGACAACGAGGCGACGGCCCACCGAUUAGUUAGAACACAGCUUUCCAGUGGACCCCUAUCCAGCGGACCCUUGUCCAGCGGACCCUUGUCCCCUAAACAUCUGUCCUGCGCACACCUGUCGAGCAAACUCCUGUCUCAUGAUCACCCACCUUAUGGAAUAUUCAACGAUCAUCACCAAGCUCGUGAAGGCGCUGGACUCACUGCUCGCAGGAGGCGAGGAGAUAGCGAUCUGACUCUCCAGACCAGGGAAUACGACAGCUGGGAGGUCGAGGGCAACAGGGAGGCCUCCGGCCGCGGGCAGCCUCCCAGACGCCCGGACAAUGAACCGUGUGACGGUGCAGGUUACGGCGUGACUCGAACCGGGGACGGCCGGUAUGGAAAGGACGGAAAGGGACAAGACUUUGCUGCCCUUCUACAUGCUGCCGUGGCGCACCACAAGGAGUUACUCAAGCUGAGUGGCCGGCACUGCCACUCUUCCUCUAGCAGUGUUGAACCGGGAAAACCCGCGGCACCAUCUGCUGCAACACCCAACUUUACUUCAAUGACUUCCAAGACGUCCAAAAGAACUGACUUGGAGACCAAGAGAACUGACUUGGAGACCAAGAGAACUGACUUGGAGACCAAGAGUGUUGACCUGGAGACCGCAGAUAACAAGUGUUCUUCUCCGAAACUGAGUCCCAAGGCGGCUUCCAAGGCGAUGGCCCCCACGGAGAAGCGACUGCCAGGAGGUCUUUCCAAGUUCCACGAGAAGGUCGUGGGGGGUCGAGGGUCCUCCUCGCACGGCAGUCACGGCAAAGCCCACACGAGUCCCAGCAGCAAUGCGAGCUACGACGGAGGCUCCGGCAGUCGCUGGGUUCUGAGUACCCUGAGCUCCGGAUCCGUGAGUCCCAACCGGCGCCUAGACGACGGGCUUUCCGGACGACGAGGUGGCCGGGUUCCCGGAGGCCGGACUCGCCGGUGUUCUGGACGGAGGGAGGCCAGUAGCAGCGACGAACCUUUGGAGUUGAAGACGCAUUUCAAUCACAACGCAGUGCUGAACCACAUCAAGGGUCUCUGUGACGGGAUUGCGGAGCUGGACAAGAAACUAUCCGACGAAAUUAACGAAACCUUGAGCAAGCGGCUCGGUAUCUGGGAAGUGUCCCAAUUUUACAGUGGACCUAAGCUGCCGGUGGGGAUGGUUUGUAAGUCCAUCGGCAUUUUUGUUCAAAGCGUUAACAGCAACUUUGCCUCUACCACGAGCAAAGCCACGAUGCUGGGCAAGCUGCGGUCUCCGAUGGCGGGGCCUCCGGGAAGCCCCUGA